AUGGCCUCCGCCAUCUUCUUUCUGGACCUGAAGGGCAAGACGCUCUUGGCGCGCAACUACCGCGGUGACAUUCCCAUGAGCGCUGUCGAAAAGUUCCCAAUCUUGCUAUCAGAGGCCGAAGAAGAAUCCUCGAGCGUACCGCCAUGCUUCACCGACGAGGGCAUAAAUUACCUCUACAUACGACACAAUAACCUUUACCUGCUGGCUCUUACGAAGAAGAACAGCAAUGCUGCAGAAAUACUCCUCUUCUUACAUCGCAUCGUGGAGGUGUUCACAGAAUACUUCAAAGAGCUUGAAGAGGAAUCGAUACGAGACAACUUUGUCGUUAUCUACGAAUUGCUGGACGAGAUGAUGGACUUUGGAUAUCCUCAAACGACAGAGACCAAAAUAUUGCAGGAAUAUAUCACACAAGAAUCGCAUAAAUUGGAAGUGCAGGCACGACCUCCUAUUGCGGUCACUAAUGCUGUCAGCUGGAGAAGUGAAGGUAUACGAUACAGGAAGAACGAGGUCUUCUUGGAUGUGGUCGAAUCACUCAACUUGUUGGUGUCAAGCACUGGCAAUGUUUUACGAUCGGAAAUUCUGGGUGCUAUCAAGAUGAAGUGCUAUCUUUCUGGUAUGCCUGAACUUCGGUUAGGCUUAAACGACAAGGCUAUGUUUGAGACAACAGGACGAGCAACGAGAGGAAAGGCUGUCGAGAUGGAGGAUGUCAAAUUUCACCAAUGCGUGCGGUUAUCAAGAUUCGAGAACGACCGCACGAUCAGUUUCAUUCCCCCCGACGGCGAGUUUGAACUCAUGUCAUAUCGUCUCAAUACACAGGUCAAGCCCUUGAUCUGGGUGGAAUGCAUCGUCGAAUCUCAUUCUGGAUCACGCAUUGAAUAUAUGCUCAAGGCCAAAGCACAGUUCAAACGGAGGUCGACAGCAAACAAUGUCGAAAUUUCCAUUCCGGUGCCAGAUGAUGCAGAUACUCCACGAUUCAGGACAAACAUCGGAUCUGUACACUAUGCGCCAGAGACGUCGAGCAUAGUUUGGAAGAUCAAGCAGUUCGGCGGCGGCAAAGAAUUCUUGAUGCGUGCCGAACUCGGAUUACCUUCAGUGAAAGGCGACGAAGAGCGAGGUGGUGGAAUGAUGGGAGGCUUUGGUGGUAGUAUGGGUGGUGUUGGGGGGACUGGAAAGGCGAAGCGCCCGAUCAACGUCAAAUUCGAGAUUCCAUAUUUCACAACAUCGGGAAUCCAGGUGCGGUACCUGAAGAUCAUUGAACCCAAGCUGCAAUACCCGUCACUGCCGUGGGUGCGCUACAUCACACAAUCUGGCGACAUUGCAGUGCGACUGCCAGACGUCGCGACGACAUAG